UUGAACGUCUCUGCCUCUUUUCUUCUCCGUUCCUUCUGUUCCCUCUGCUUCUUCGCAGCACUCUCUUCUCCUCUUUUCUCUUCAGCUGUUUUUUGGAGGACGCUGAUCUUAAGAGUGGAAGUUCUUCAACAAUUGUUUCCUCUGAGUGGCUGUGGGACGCCCCUCUCUCCCUCUUGCCCUGCUCCCUACUUUCUCUCUCUCCCUCUCCUUCUCUCUCCUCCCCUUGUUGUGACAGAGCACACCUGCUUGAUCUUGGUUGCACGCGCUCUGUGUCCAAUUACCCCACAGGCCACUUCAUAGGCUCAUCCCCCACUCAGCUGGAUUUUUGGGAGUUCAAGCCACAUCUCGCCACUCUCCCAUUCACUUUGCCUUGGGUCUACUGUGAACAGGCUCCCCGAUAGUGGCACCAUGAGGUCAGUCUGUCUCUCCUUGCUGCUGGUGUCUGCCUGCUGGGCCUUGCCUUUCCGUCAGUCCGGGUUCUUGGACUUCAUGAUGGAGGAUGAGCCUGGUUCUGGAGACCCAGAGGUCAAGGACCCUGGCCCCGGGCGGGGGUUCCCUGAGAUGCCCUCAGGUCCCAAGUGCCCAUUCAGAUGUCAGUGUCACCUGAGAGUGGUCCAGUGCUCCGACCUGGGUCUGAAGACAGUUCCUGAAGAUAUUCCAGAUGAUGCUACUCUACUGGACUUGCAGAACAACAAAAUCACAGAGAUCAAAGAAAAUGACUUCAAAAAUCUUAAAGGAUUACAUGCUCUGAUUCUGGUAAACAACAAAAUCACAGUGAUCCACGCCAAGGCCUUGUCCCCUCUGACCAAACUGCAGCGUCUGUAUCUGUCUAAGAACAUGCUGAAGGAUGUGCCCACAAACAUGCCCAAGAGCCUGCAGGAGCUCCGCAUCCACGAGAACCAGAUCACCAAGUUCAAAAAGGCCUCCUUCCAGGGCAUGUCCCACAUGAUUGUCAUGGAGCUUGGCUCGAACCCUCUAAAGAGUGCUGGAGUGGAGCCCAAUGCAUUUGCAGACCUCAAACGAGUGUCCUACAUUCGCAUUGCAGAUACAAACAUCACAGAAAUCCCCAAAGGUCUGCCCAGCUCUCUGUCUGAACUGCACCUCGAUGGAAACAAGAUUACUAAAGUGACAGCAGACAGCCUCAAAGGCCUGAAGCAACUGGCCAAACUGGGCCUGAGCUACAAUGAGAUCAGCUCAGUGGAAAACGGCACUCUGGCCAACGUGCCCCACCUGCGAGAGCUGCACCUCGACAACAACGGUCUGACCAGUGUUCCCGCGGGCCUGCCUGACCACAAGUACAUCCAGGUGGUCUACCUCCACUCCAACAAGAUUGCCACUAUUGGAACAGAGGACUUCUGCCCUCCUGGUUUCAACACAAAAAAGGCCAUGUACUCUGGCAUCAGUCUGUUCAGUAACCCUGUGUCUUACUGGGAGAUCCAGCCAGUCACCUUCAGAUGCGUCUUUGACCGCUCUGCCAUCCAACUUGGCAACUACAGGCAACUACAGGAAGAAGUAGAGCCCUUGCCUCUGCAAGUCACAUGGGAGUCCAUGAGACAACAUAAGGAGAGCUACCACAUGGCCACGGCACGCAGACAACAGAAGGUGCUGUCUAAGGUGUUAUCAAAGCCUCUGUGCGUGUGUGCCAAGUUUCUGUUGGCAGGCAUCAUGUUAUCGCUUCGCGUUUCUCUUCUGGCCAUAUUGGUAGGCAUGGCCCUUUGCCAAUAUUAUGAAGAUGAAUACGAGUUUGCUGCACAAGUUCAGCCCCCCAGUCCCAAAUGUAACCAGGAAUGUGACUGUCCUAUAAACUUCCGCACUGCCAUGUACUGUGACAGUCGCAAUCUGAAAUUUGUGCCUAUAGUUCCCACUGGAAUUCAGUACUUGUACCUUCAGGACAAUGGAAUUGAAGAAAUAAAGAAAGGAGUUUUUGAUAAUGUCACAGACACUCUACGUUGGCUAGUACUGGAUAAUAACAAUCUAACCAAUGCUAAAAUAGAAAAGGGCACUAUUGAUAAGCUUACAGCCCUGGAGAAGCUGUACUUUAGCAACAACUUAAUCACUGAGCCCAUCAUUCCUCCCUCCAAAUUUCUGGAUGAACUGAAGAUGAUGCACAACAAGUUGACCAAAUUCCCAGGUGGACUUUUGACAGACAAGGAGAAUUUGACAUUAAUCAACCUUCAGUAUAAUGAGCUAACUUCAGAAAGUAUUGCAGGGGCUUUUAAAGGGCCGAAGAAGCUGCUGGCACUUGAUGUGAGCCACAACAAGCUGAAGAAACUCCCGGCCGGAGUGCCCAGUUCACUGGAAAUGCUCUACGCUGAUUACAAUGAUAUAGAGAGUAUUGGAGCCGGGUAUCUGAACAAGCUGCCCGCUCUGCAGUAUCUGCGGUUGUCCCACAAUAAGCUCAAGGACUCAGGUAUUCCUGCAGGAGUCUUCAAUGUGACAACACUGGUGGAGCUGGACCUGUCCUUCAACAAACUGCAGUCCAUCCCUGAGAUCAAUGAGGGUCUGGAGCAGUUGUACCUGCAGGCCAAUGAGAUCACCAAGUUUGAGCUGACCAGCUUUUGCAAGCAUAUUUCUCCCCUCAACUAUUCUCGCCUGAAGCAUCUGCGUCUGGACGGCAACAACAUCACCCACAGCAGCAUGCCUCCAGAAUACUCCAACUGCCUGCGUAAACGCCACAAAAUGGAGAUUCCUACGAGCACCAUGUUCAUCCUGUGUCUGUUUGGGUCUGUCCUCAGCCAGGACAUGUCCUACGAGGACACAAUGGCCCAGCUUCAGGCCUGUCCCAAAGAGUGUCGCUGCCCACGGGACUUUCCUCGAGCUGUCUACUGUGACAACAAAGGCCUCACCACUAUCCCUAAUAUCCCUCCUCACACAUGGUACCUUUAUCUCCAGAAUAAUAACAUCGAGGUACUUUCUGCUGAUGCCCUGCGUAAUGCCACACAGCUGCGUUGGCUGAACCUGAACCGAAACAAAAUCACCAGUAAUGGAGUAGAGCAGGGCGUGCUGGGCACACUGUCCCACCUGGCACACCUGUACAUGGAAGACAACCUGCUGUCCUCUGUGCCUUCUCCAUUGCCACCCAGUGUUGAACAUCUUCGUCUGUCUCGCAACCGGAUUUCCAAAAUCCCUGCAGGUAUUUUCUCUGGUCUGAACAGUCUCAGCCUCCUGGAUCUUCAAAGCAACAAGCUAAUGGAUGAUGCAGUCACAGAGGUCAGUCUAAAAGGUCUAACUAACUUGGUUCAGAUCAACCUUGCCAAAAAUCAAUUGACCAAUAUGCCUAUUGGACUACCACCUACCACAACACAACUCUUCUUAGAUGGCAACAACAUUGACAAAAUUCCAGCAGAUUAUUUCAAAGGUCUGCCAAAGAUGGCCUUUAUCAGGCUCAACUACAACAAACUCGCCAGCAGUGGAGUUCCAAAAGAUGUCUUCAAUGUCUCCAGUAUUUUGGACCUACAGCUGUCCCACAACCAGCUGACCGAAGUGCCACUCAUCCCUUCUGGCCUUGAACACCUGUACCUGGACCAUAACAAAAUCUCAACUGUGAGUAGCUCUGGUGUGUGUCCAGACUCUGCAGAUGUAAAGGACGACACAAAUGAAAGUGGGCCUCGUCUGCGCUAUCUCCGACUAGACGGCAAUGAGAUCAAACCCCCUAUUCCCAGUGACAUCAUCUCAUGCUUCCGCCUCCUCACAUCCAUCAUCAUCUGA